AUGGAAGGGAAAGGCCCGGCGAUUCGCCUCGUGGGUACCCAUCAAGGUUCGGCCGAUCCGAAAACGGUUCAAGACAACGUUUGGCAGAAGCAACGCAUGCCGUUGGUGCAAGGGAUUGAGAUUGUCGGCGCGCACGAUGAAGCGGAUGGAAUCGAAGCGGUUCGCACGAUGCAGUUGACCAUUUCCCAGGUCGUCAUCCGUCAUACGCGACAUGCGAUUCACCUGGUCGAUCGAAAUCGCAACGUCAUCAUCUCCGACUGUCAUCUCUACGAAAACCGCGGCGUCGGUGUGUUUCUAGAUGACUUAAAUCUGCAUCAAAUCAAUCUUUCGGCGUGCCAUAUCAGCUACAACCAAGGGGGCGGCUUCGUUUCGAAAGGAGGCAACGUUCGGAAUAUUCAUAUCGCCGGAUGCGACAUUGAAGCGAACGUGCAGAACGUGCUGAUCGAUAGCGCCGGAACAAAAUAUGGAACCGCCGAAGUCGCAAUCACCGGCUGUACCAUUCAGCAUUCUGGUGGCGAAAAUUCGACGAAUGUUCGAUUCAUCGGCGCCAGAAACACGAUCUCCAGCGGAUAUCGCUAUAAUCUCCGCGUGGAAGACAGUCAGAAUAUCGUUGUUGGUCCCAAUGUCUUAGGAAGAAAUCCUCCAUAUCGCGAUAAGGAUACUUGCGACAACGGAGUCUUGUUUCGUAACUGUGUGGGCGGGACGAUCUCGGGUUUGCACAUUCAUCAGACGUUGCGUACCGAUGCCGGCAUGAUCCUGGACGGCUGCCGCCGUUUUCACGUCACCGGAUGCACCUUCUUAGAUUGUGAAAAAGCAGGGAUGCUUCUCAAGGACCUCGUCGAAUGUCGGGUCGCCGAGAACAUGCUGUAUGGCCGUGAAGGCGACAAGGAAUGGGUGCCUACGAUCAUCUCCG